CAUCCCAAAUAAACAAACCCCAGCACAAACUUGGCCGACGGGCUCUGAGGGAAGCCGUGUUGUCUGUUCUGUUGUGUUGUUACACUUCCGGAUUACAAUCCCGGUGUAACAUCGGUCCCCCCCGAGAUCGUGCACAGUGAGUGUGCAGAAAGCUAUGGACGAUUACAUGCCCCCGCGGUAUCAGAUGCUGGGUCGCAUUGGCGAAGUUCACGGGGUGGUGGUGAAGGCCCGGGACCUCAGCAACGACGACAAGAUUGUGGCCAUCAAAAAGCUGACGCUGCGGACCAAGCACGGCUGGAUUGCGCCGUGCGCCAUCCGGGAGAUUAAGGUGCUGCAGAACUCGCAGUGCGAAAAUAUUCUCUCCCUCCUCGACAUGUAUCCGGACUUGUCCGGAAUGUCCCUAGUGUUCGAGUACAUGCCCCACACGCUGUACAGCCGGAUGAAGGACGAAGAGCAUCCGUUGUCCCGGGGCGAAACGCGUCGCUUCAUGGCCAUGCUGCUCAACGGGCUCCAGUAUCUGCACGGACUCCGGAUCAUGCACCGGGACAUUAAACCCGCCAAUCUCCUGAUCGACAGCAAGGACGUGCUGAAAAUCGCCGAUUUCGGCCUCGCCCGACUCUUCAACGACCAGGACCCCACAAAGGUCUACAGCCCGCAGGUCGCAACUCGGUGGUACCGCGCGCCGGAGAUUCUUUGGGGCUGCCAGACGUACGGGCCGUCGAUAGAUUUGUGGGCCGCCGGGUGUGUUUUUGCGGAGAUGCUCCGAGGAGUGCCGCUGUUUUCCGGUGCUACCGAUAUCGAGCAGUUGGCGCUGGUGGUGCGCACGCUGGGGACGCCGAAUCUGAAGGAUUGGCCCGAGGUGCGCAGUUUGCCGGACUAUAACAAGAUCAGGUUUCCCAAUGCGAAGGGCGAACGGUGGGAGGACAUCUUUCCCAGCUGUACGACCAAGUGUGAGAUCGGGCUGGUCGACGGGUUGGUGCGGUACAAUCCGAGUAGGCGGUUCACGGCGGAGGAGGCCAUGCAACAUCCUUACUUUACCGAGGGAGACACUUCCGACCACCAGCAACAGCACCAGCACCACAGCAAGAGAGUUGAAUUGAGUUGAGCUGAGCCCAGGCUGAGCUGAGAUCAUCACCAUCAUCAUCAUCAGCAUCAUCACGUGUCUCUAGGAUAUAGUCGUCAUAUUACCUAGUUUAAGGUGGCUUCAUCAACCACGGCGUCGCGACUGGGGACCGACGACCAUCGUCGAGCCACCGAGCCGGAAAAGGAUUACCAUCAGGAGGAGAGUCUACCUUGCGCUGGUGGACGUGUCUGCAAGCCCCAUUUAACUAACAUCACGGGAGGACACGAAAGAAGAAGAAGAAGCAAAUAAACGACCGGAGAAAAAGGGAUGAGACCAGUAAACUAAAUAUAUGUAUUAUUCCACCGGUGGUGAUUAACGCGAUAAAAAGCGGUGGCAGCAGAGUGGCGACGAGGCCAGAGCAAAAGUUUCCGGCGGCGCAAAAACGACACCAGGACAUCACACGGCACACGGAACCUUACGCUUGCAAAAUGAUGGUUAUGGCGGGUGGAAAAUGAGCGCUUUAUCGUCGUCAUUAUUAAUUUAAAUGUAAAGUUGAGAGAGAGAAAAAGGGGCGCAAUUACAGGGUGUCGAAUAAGUUUUGGGUUUCAAGCGA